AUGGGCGCGCGCGACGCCGACGCGGCGUGCGCGCUGCGCGACGACGAGGUGUCGAACGCGCUGUUCGAGCUCACCGCCCUGGCCGGGCUGGACGUGCGACGGGAGGUGCACGACGCGGUGCUGGAGCUGUCGCGCGCGCGCGUGGUGCCGACGGCGACGGCGCAGGUGCUUCGCUCGCUCGCGAGCAAGGCGGCGGACGCGCGCGCGGCUGGACUCGAGGACGCGUUGCGCGCGCCCGCGCGCGAGUAG